AUGUCGGCCCCAGGAUCUGGCAUUCCCAAUGCUACUUCAGAGUCAUCUAGCGGUGUGAAGAAGGCUUUCCCUCGUGUUGAUCUAGCUGGGAAUAAUCUUCCUCCAUCCCCUGCACCUUCUAGCCCUCACGCCGGCCGCCGGUACAACAUUGCCACCGAGCUGGUAUUCACCGAGGGCAGUGACCAAUACAAUGCCAGCAGCGUUCCGAUCUACCAGAGUGCUACCUUCAAACAAACCUCCGGCAGCGGCGGUGGUGAGUAUGACUACACACGAUCCGGCAACCCCACUCGCACACACCUUGAGCGCCACCUGGCCAAGAUCAUGUCCGCGCAGCGCGCCCUCGUGGUGUCCUCCGGCAUGGCAGCCUUGGACGUGAUAACGAGAUUGCUUCGUCCUGGUGACGAGGUGGUUACCGGUGACGAUCUGUACGGUGGCAGCCACCGUCUGCUCAAGUUCCUCUCGUCCAACGGUGGAAUCAUCGUACACCACGUCGACACGACAGAUGCAGAGAAGGUCAAGGCAGUGCUGAGCUCAAAGACGACUAUGGUGCUGCUCGAGACUCCCACGAACCCCCUAAUCAAAAUCGUCGAUAUCGGAAAAAUUGCUACCGCCGCCCACGAGGCCAACCCCAACUGCAUCGUCUCCGUGGAUAACACCAUGAUGUCUCCCCUCCUCCUCAACCCACUCGACUUUGGCGCCGAUGUCGUAUACGAGAGUGGCACCAAGUAUCUGUCCGGUCACCACGACCUGAUGGCUGGUGUCAUUGCCGUAAACGACCUGCAGCUCGGAGAACGCCUGUACUUCCCGAUCAACGCUUCGGGAUGCGGCCUGUCACCGUUCGACUCCUGGCUGUUGCUGCGUGGUGUGAAGACCUUGAAGGUUCGCAUGGACCAGCAGCAGGCCAAUGCUCAGCGUAUUGCCGAGUUCCUCGAGAACAACGGCUUUAAGGUGCGCUACCCCGGUCUGCGAUCUCACCCGCAAUACGAACUUCACAACUCCAUGGCGCGGGGCGCUGGUGCUGUGCUCUCGUUCGAGACCGGUGAUAUUGCCGUUAGUGAGCGCAUUGUUGAAAGCGCCAAGAUCUGGGCUAUCAGUGUCAGCUUUGGCUGUGUCAACAGUUUGAUCAGUAUGCCGUGCCGUAUGAGUCAUGCCAGCAUUGACGCGAAGACGCGGGCGGAGCGAGCUUUGCCUGAAGACUUGAUCCGGUUAUGUGUUGGUAUUGAAGAUGCGGAUGACUUGAUUGAAGACUUGCAACGAGCGUUGGUGGAAGCUGGUGCAGUCAGAGUCACCAUGGACGGUAUUGAGGCUCUAUAG